GCCCCUGACGCUGCGGUGGGCGGAGCGUCGCCCCCUGUCCAAGGCCUCCGCUCCGGGUGCAGCGGGACGCGCGGUGGGCCCGGCGUGGCCAUGCGUGUCCCGGGCCCGAGUCCGAGUCCGAGCCCGAGCCCGAGCCCGAGCCCGAGCCCGGGCGCGGUGCGGCUUCUUCAGCGGAGGCGGCGGGCGCGGGGUGCGCUCUGAGGCCGGGGGAUGCGCCGCCGCCUCGACCAUGGGCGCUGCCGCCUCCCGAAGGAGGGCGCUGAGGAGCGAGGCCAUGUCCUCCGUGGCGGCCAAAGUGAGAGCAGCCCGAGCUUUCGGCGAGUACCUGUCCCAGAAUCACCCUGAGAACCGGAACGGUGCAGACCACCUGCUGGCUGAUGCUUACUCUGGCCACGACGGGUCCCCUGAGAUGCAGCCAGCCCCCCAGAACAAGCGCCGCCUGUCCCUUGUCUCCAACGGCCGCUACGAGGGCAGCCUCUCAGAAGAGGCUGUCAUGGGGAAGCCAGCUGGAGAGGGCCCUCAGCCCCGUGUGUACACCAUCUCCGGGGAGCCGGCCCUGCUGUCCAGCCCAGAGGCAGAGCUCAUCGAGCUGGCCGUGGUGAAGGGGCGGCGGCAGCCAGAGAGGCACCCCCACCACCACAGCCAGCCCCUGCGUGCCAGCCCGGAUGGCAGCCACGAGGAUGUCAGCAGGCCCUGCCAGAGCUGGGUGGGGAGCCGCCAGGGCUCCAAGGAGUGUCCGGGCUGUGCCCAGCUGGCCCCCGGCCCCUCCCCCCGGGCCUUCAGGCUGGACCAGCCCCCUCUGCCCGAGAGCACCGGCCGCCGCAAGAAGCUGGAAAGGAUGUACAGCGUGGACCGUGUGUCUGAUGACACCCCCAUCCGCACAUGGUUCCCCAAGGAAAACCUCUUCAGCUUCCAGGCAGCAACCACAACUAUGCAAGCCAUCUCGGUGUUCAGGGGCUACGCGGAGAGGAAGCGACGGAAACGGGAGAAUGAUUCCGCGUCUGUAAUCCAGAGGAACUUCCGCAAACACCUGCGCAUGGUCGGCAGCCGGCGGGUGAAGGCCCAGACGUUCGCAGAGCGGCGCGAGCGGAGCUUCAGCCGGUCCUGGAGCGACCCCACCCCCAUGAAAGCCGACACUUCCCACGACUCCCGAGACAGUAGUGACCUGCAGAGCUCGCACUGCACCUUGGGCGAGGCUUUCGAGGACCUGGACUGGGAGACCGAGAAGGGCCUGGAGGCUGUGGCUUGUGACACUGAGGGAUUCGUGCCGCCCAAGGUCAUGCUCAUCUCCUCAAAGGUGCCCAAAGCAGAGUACAUCCCCACCAUCAUCCGCAGGGACGACCCCUCCAUCAUCCCCAUCCUCUACGACCAUGAGCACGCGACCUUCGAGGACAUCCUAGAGGAGAUAGAGAAGAAGCUGAACAUUUAUCACAAGGGUGCCAAGAUCUGGAAGAUGCUGAUAUUCUGCCAGGGCGGCCCAGGACACUUGUACCUGCUCAAGAACAAGGUGGCCACGUUUGCCAAAGUGGAGAAGGAAGAGGACAUGAUCCACUUCUGGAAACGGUUGAGCCGUUUGAUGAGCAAAGUGAACCCAGAGCCAAAUGUCAUCCACAUCAUGGGCUGCUACAUUCUGGGGAACCCCAACGGGGAGAAGCUGUUCCAGAACCUCAGGACCCUCAUGACCCCUUACAGGGUCACCUUUGAGUCGCCUCUGGAGCUUUCGGCCCAAGAUGAUCGAGACCUACUUCGACUUCCGCCUGUACCGCCUGUGGAAGAGCCGCCAGCACUCGAAGCUGCUGGACUUCGAGGACGUUCUGUGAGGGCUGGGCCACCGCCCGGCCACGUCCUCCGGCGACAGGGGCUGGGCCGCGGCGUGCCCGACCGCGUGAGUCCUGGUCGUCGCGGCCACUUCAGGGAGGCCUCACCCGCUCAGGUUCGCGCCGGGUCUGGUCCUCAGCCCGGCCAGGGGGAGCGUCGCCCUCGGCCCGGACGCCCGCGCGCGCGCGCCGGCUGCGCGACUCCCCCCGCGGUCGUAGACAUAAGUGCAAUUUUCUACAGCCUCCUUGUUAACUCGUGCAGUGCUCGUUCCUGGCUCGCGCAGGUGACCCGCCCGGCCCGGCCUCCGGUCCGGCGGCCCCGCCGAAUCGAUCACCAGCACGGGGCGGCCCUGGCCCAGUCCCUGGUCGGCGCGCUCGCGCUCCUCGUCCCGCUUGUCCUGAGCUCGGCCUCGGCCGCGCUGCCGCGGGAGGCGCCGUCCCCUGUCGGGUGCCGGGCGAGCCUCUCCCCGCCCUCCCGCGCCCGCCGCUCCUCGCCGCUGUGCAGUUCAGCUUGUGCAGCCACGUCUGGGGGUCUUUCACGGGCCGGGGCCGGGGGCAGGAGGCUUGGUGGGCCGCGGGCCGGGCACCCCGGGCACCCUGGGCACCGUGCGGUGGGGGCCGGGGCCUCUUCCCAGGCCCCAGAGACGGGCAGCUGCCGAUGGUGGGCUUUCAGCCUUGCCUGGGCCCAGUGGGGCGGGUUCUCUUGUAUAUAGUUGGGGCUCGGGGGCAGGCCCCCCUUUGCAGAGCCUGGGUCUGAGGGCACCUGGCUGUGCCCUCAGCUGAGUGAGGGGCGCAGGCGUGUGCCGGGCUCUGAACAAUGUACGAUAUCCUUCGAGUGACCAUUAAACCUGACCCUCCGCUGCGGUG